AUUAUUAAAUUAAAUUAAAUUAAAUAAUAAAUUAAUUGAAAUUAUCACAAAAAAUUAUAUAAAAAAAAUCAUAAAAAAGGAUUUUGAAAACCGAAUUAAUUGGAAUAAAAAUUAAAAUUAAAGAUUUUUUCCAAAGAAGCAUGCAAAAACAAAGUAACUAAGGACACAAAAUGAUUCUUUCACACUACACACAACUCUUCAAAGUCCACAAAUAUCACAAAAAGGUCCGCUUAAAAAGAAUGCCUUUCCCGCCACCCAUAGUUGUACUUAUUUAUUGUCUUACCUUUCUUCUGAGUUCCGUACAAGCCAAUCGUCCUCCUCGUUUCCAGCUGGAUGGAAACCCCUCAGAAAUCGUCGUUCGCUUGAAAGAAGGCAAAGAAUCCCCCAUCGGGACUCUCAUUUACCGCCUAAAAGCACUUGAUCCGGAUGGCGAUCAUUUGACAUUUGGCAUCAAAAAUGACAUUGACAGCGAUGUCAUUCGUAUCGAGACAAUUGGCGAAAAUGACGCCAACAUUCGUUUGAACAAGGAACUCGAUCGUGAAACCAAAGAUGAGUAUCAUUUCGUACUGACACUGACAGAUAACAGGUUAGGUGACGGGAGGUUCGUGACGCAAAGUUUGUUGUUGAUCGUUGAUGACAUUAAUGACAAUACGCCAAUUUUCAAACCAUUCCAAUCAGCGCUUGAGGUGCCCGAAAAUAGCCCGCCUGGCAUUGUGACAACUGUGGAAGCGACAGAUUUGGAUUCCGGCGCUUUUGGUCAAGUUGUGUAUUAUUUACAGGAAUUGGAGGGAGACAAUGAUGUUUUUACGAUCUCUCCGAGCCAGGGGAAAGGCGUCAUUCGCCUCACACAACAGCUGGAUUAUGAAAGGAAAAGUUUGUACCAAUUACGGGUCCUUGCUGUCGAUCGAUCAAAUCAAGGACCCGUAAAUACGGGGACAGCUGCUUUGCUCAUUCGAGUCAAAGACGUGGAAGAUCAACCGCCGGAAUUUAUCGUCGCCACUCCAGUUCAACGGGUUUCCGAAGGACUUCCCAAGAACACAAAAAUCACAAGUGUCAAAGCAAUCGAUGGCGAUCGCGGGAUCAACAACAAAAUCAAAUAUUCCAUAAUCCGAGGGGGCGAUGGUUUGUUUACAAUUAACGAGAACACAGGCGACAUCUACAAUACACGCGAACUAGAUCGAGAAGAUCCCCGAAAUCAGCUAAACGGUGCAUUUAUCUUGGAAAUUCUCGCUACUGAACGUUCAAAGCUGAAUCCUCCGCCCUCAGUUCGUACCGAAGUCACGAUCAUCCUCAAUGACAUCAACGACGAAACGCCAACGUUCCGCGAUGACUUUUACAAUUGCGAAAUUCACGAAAAUGCUCAAGAAAAUACUCCGCUAACGUUCAUCGGCGAAACAAAUAACGCCGUUUUCGACUUGGAUCAAGGCAAUAAUGGAACUUUUGAGCUAUUUCUCGAACCGCCAAAUGAUGUUUUUGACAUUUCACCAAAGAGGGCGAUUAAUGAAGCGAAUUUCUUAAUAAGAGUUCGCAACCCGAAAAUGUUGGAUUAUGAGAAAGUAAAGUUGCUCAAUUUUAGUAUUGUAGCUAAAGAAAUAGUUAAAAACGGGAAAAGUAGUAAAGUGCCUGUGACAAUUAGAAUUCGUGAUAGAAACGAUAAUUUUCCGGAAUUUGCAAGACACGUGUAUGAAGUUAGUGUGCCAGAAAAUGCGGAUAUUGGAUGGAAAAUUGCGGAAAUUGAAGCUUUUGAUGCAGAUUCGGGGGAUUUUGGAACGCAAGGGAUUCGUUAUACGAAUUUGACGGGCAGUAUUGCGCAUUUACUACAUUUGGAUCCCAUAACCGGCAUAAUAUCCAUCCAAUUCUCCGAUGAUGCCUUUGAUCGUGAACUUUACGCUAAACAUUAUCUCACUGUUGAAGCUCGAGACAAUCUUGGAACAGGAAAUCGCAACACUGUUCAACUCAUCAUCAACUUAGAAGACGAAAACGACAACGCGCCACGUUUCUUGCAAGGCAAAUACGAAGCUCGUCUUCUCGAGAACAAACUUCAGUUUGAAAACCCUCUCAUCAUCGAAGCUCGAGAUGCUGAUGUCGCCGACACCCCAAACAGCAACAUAACCUACGUCAUUCUCGAUGGCGAGCAUCGUUCAAAUUUCACCAUCGACCCUGUUUCUGGAAAAAUCACCCCACGAACGCCAAUUGACUUUGAACGACUCACGGGCGGAAAUGUAAACAUUAGACCGAUUUACUUAACAGUUUUGGCGCGAGAUAAUGGCGAUCCAAGUUUAGCUUCGAAGGUUCCUGUAGUGAUCUACGUUCAUGAUGUCAACGAUCACGCGCCAGAAUUUCAAAAUCUCUUCUACGAAGAAGCGGUGCCGGAAGACAUUGAACCUUCAAUUUCGAUUUUGGAGGUUAGGGCAACAGAUCGCGACGGAUCAUCGCCAAAUAAUGCGAUCUUUUAUCGAAUUCAAAGUGGCGCCAAAGACAAAUUUGUGAUCGGAGCUGAUACGGGAGUCAUUUCCGUCGCGAUUGGGGCUAGUUUGGACCCCGAUUUAACUCAACCGAAGACUUUGCAUUACUCGUUGGUAGUUUUGGCGCUAGAUGGCGGCAUUGGAGAUCAACAGCUGCAAACCUCGUGUCUCGUAAACAUAACCAUAAAAGACGUAAACAACAAAUCGCCCGUUUUUGUGGACCCAGAAACAGUUAUUAUACGAGAAAAUACCCCAGUUGGCACUUAUGCGUAUCGAUUAAUGGCCAACGACUUGGAUAUGAAGCCAAAAUUGCGAUAUUUCAUCGAUGGAAAUCACUCAGAAGCAAGGACUGAAGAUGGCGUUGUUGUCAAAACAACAGAAUACGAUUAUCUCUCGGCUUUUGAGUUGAAUCCCGUUGACGGGCUUAUCAGAAUCGUUAAACUUUUGGAUCGAGAACGCGUGGAAACCAUCAAACUUUCGGUCCUCGUGGAAGAUCAAGCCGCCGAAAAAGGUCGUCAAGUGUCCUCGAGCAUCCUGAACAUCAUCAUUGACGACGAAAAUGACAACAAUCCGCGCUUCCAACAGCCUUUCUAUAAAAAAUCCAUCACGGAAAACAGUCCGACGGGCAUCCAAAUCGCAAAUGUCCUCGCCACGGACAUUGACAAGAACAAAACGAUCAAAUAUUCGCUCGAAGGCCCCCCGGAAAUCACAGAGCUCGUAAAUUUAAAUGCCGAAACGGGUGAAAUUGUGGUGCGAAAUAAAAUCGAUCAUGAAUUACACAAAUGGCUGAAUUUUACCGUUAGAGCGACAGAUAAUGGGAUUCCCGCACGGAGCUCCAUGGUCGAGGUUUUUGUUCAAGUAAUCGACGAGAAUGACAAUAAUCCGUAUUUUAUCGGAGAUAUUGGGAAUUUUACGGUUUUUGAGAAUGCUCCAGUGGGCACGAGAAUUGCAAUGUUACAAGCGGGAGAUCCCGAUGCGGGUGAAUAUGGAAAAAUUACCUUUUUGAUGGACAGGAUAAGCUCGCAGGGGAAAUUUUCCAUCGAUGCUGAUACGGGAGUUCUGGUUGUCGCAGAUACAUUGGAUCGGGAGACAAGAGACUCGUACAUGGUAGUUAUUGAGGCAUGGGAUAAUUAUCAGUUUGGAUAUCUGAGUGGCGAGAGUCGGAAUGCUUUCAAGCAGAUUUUCAUCACGAUUUUGGAUGUCAACGACAACCCUCCACGAAUUCAUGCUCCCAAGGAAUGCGUUCAAGUGACCGAAUUUCAUAAAAUUCGAGAUCCCAUCACCAGCAUCCGUGCCACUGACGCUGACAAUCCAAAACUGGGCAACGGUCAAGUUCAUUUCGAAUUAUUUGACGACGAAAACUCCCACGAUCUCUUCGCGUUGGACCAAAUCGACGCAUGGAACGCUCAAAUCUUCGCAAAACGCCCUCUGAACGGCUUUUACGGAAAUUAUUCUCUUUCACUCAUCGCCAAGGAUUUAGGAAGUCCUCAGAACGUCGUCAAAGAACGUCUCGACAUUUGCAUUUUGGAUUUUAACGAUCACGCUCCCGUUUUUGUGGCUCCUUCGAACAAUUUCACGAUCCGCAUUCCGGAAAACGCGACUUUAGGCACGCAAUUGAUCCAAGUUCGCGCUGUGGAUGAAGAUGUUGGUCCGAAUGCAGCUGUGAAAUAUCGCCUGCGUCACGAUGCGAUGGGAAAUUAUCGAACUUUUAGCAUUGACGAGCUCAGUGGCGUGAUUUCGUUGAAGAUGCCACUCGAUCGGGAACGCCAAAAAGUUUAUGAGAUCCGAGUUGAAGCGUAUGAUCAAGGAAUUCCGACUCCCUUGAGCACAGAUUUGGAUUUGACGGUCUAUGUGAGGAACGUUAACGACUACGAACCGCAAUUUCUGGUCGAGGAACUCACAGUUAACUUUACGGAGGCAACUAAACCCGGCAUGGAGCGGAAAAAGUUGCCAGAUACCGUCGACAGAGACGAAGUUGAUGACUUGGAUGACCCGCCGAGCACCGUUUGUUACUUUAUCGUGUACGGCAACGAGCGAAAUCUCUUCCAUCUUGAUCCAGAAUCGCAUAUUUUGACGACUUUGAAGGAAUUGGACCGCGAAACGAAGGCAAAUCACACGCUGAUCAUCAAAGCGACGGAAAAUUGUGCAGAUCCGCCGCCAAAAUUGCAAAUUCCAACCACAGAAGCACUUUCUAAUGACACAAUUGAUCAUGAAAAGAUCAUUUUGAACCGAAAUCAGGGCACUUUGAAGUAUUUAGACCACAUUGAUCGCUUUAAAAUGUCAAAAACGGUCUCUCAUGGAUCCCCAGAUUAUUUUAUUCAAAGUUCGGAAGCUCCUUAUUUCGAAAGUUACACCGGCGGCAUGCUCGUGAUCGAAGAUAGCACCUUAGUUCGGGUCAUUGUUCACGUUAAAGAUGUCAACGAUAAUCCGCCGCAGUUUGUGAGCAAAGUUUUCACGGGCGGAGUUACGACUUCGACGAGUUUUGGGGCGGAAUUCAUGAAAAUUACGGCGACAGACAGAGAUGAAGGAAGAAAUGCCCGAAUAACGUAUUAUCAAGUUGGAGAAAUUCAAAAAACGCUGGCGGAAGGGUUGGAUAACGUUAAAACAGCGCCGUUUAUUGUUGAUCGACAUACUGGAGCGAUUUCACUGAAUUUUUACCCGCAAAAGGGGAUGAAGGGAUAUUUUGACUUUAUGGUGCUUGCGAAUGACACGGAUGGGUUUCAGGAUGUCGCGCACGUGUUCAUCUAUCUUUUGCGCGAAGAUCAGCGAGUGAGAUUUGUGCUGCGGCAACAUCCGGCGGAAGUACAAGAUGAGAUCUAUAAGUUUAGGGAUAAAUUAAGCAACGUCACCCAAGCAAUAGUCAACAUCGACGACUUCAAAAUCCACGCCAACAAAGAUGGAACCUUCGACAAGACCAAAACAGAUCUCUUCCUGCAUUUAGUCGAUCGGAGAGACAAUUCAAUUUUAGAGGUUUCUGACGUCUUGAGGCUCAUAGAUCAAAAUAUUGAAAUGUUGGAUGGACUUUUUAAGGAGUUCAAUGUGCUCGAUACUCAAGCUGCCGAAGCGCUGCCUCUAAUAGGGGAGGCUAGACCAGACCCGAUGUUGGUCUAUUUAGUCGUAUCUAAUUUAUUUAUUGGUGCACUCCUAAUAGUAAUUUUAGUGUUAUGUGCCACACAACGAACUACUUACAAGAGGCAGUUGCGGGCUGCCAAAGUUAAUGCAUUUGUGCCUCCCACGGCAAACCUCAGCACAGUCGCACCCCGUGUGCCCAACACAAACAAACAUUCCGUCGAAGGCUCGAACCCGAUGUGGCUCCGGAACUACAGCUACGAGAACGAAUGGUACAAAAACGACGAAGACUACGACUUGUCAAUGGGUCCCGGGCCCGCCUUCGAUUCCAUCGACGAAAAUGUCAUCGCCGCCGAGGAAUAUCUCACAAAAACGAACGAACUAAAUGCUCAAAACUCAAACAUGACGCGGUACUCAAACGUCUACCAGCAAAUCGACAAACUCUCCAGCGGCACAAUGCUCACGAAAAAAUUGGAAACGACGGAGUUGUAAAAAAAAUUCUCUAUUUUUUAAGAGAUGUACAUUUUUUUUUUGUAAAAUUGAAGAAAAACGAAUUUUAAUUUAUAUGAAACUAUAA